CGUCAGUUUUCUGAUGAUCUGACAGAUGCAGACAGACUGAAGUGUCAGACGCUGUUCUUCUGAAGUUUAACAACUUUUCUGCAUCAGAAUGAAAAUCCUCCAUUUUCUCUUCUUCUGCUUCUUGUCAGAUCCAGCUGGACUCAUCAAGGCAAAACAUUAUAACAUUAUCUAUACUGGAGCCGAAGGAGGAAAUGCUUCACUUGCAUGCCCUUUGACUUUGUCUGGAAGCACAAAGUUCUUCUGUAAAGAAAAAUGUGAGCAAGCGGAAGAUAUCGUCAUUAAAACAGAUGGAAGCACAGCUCAGAGUGGCAGAUACAGGAUUAUUAAUAAAGAUGGAUCUCCAGGAAGCAGAUUUGUGUUUGUGACCUUCACACACAUGAUCAAGUCUGACUCAGGAAUGUACAGAUGUGGUUCGGGAACAUCUUCUGCCCCAGAUUCAUACUUAGACUUUGAGGUCAGAGUUUCAAAUGAUCUGGAUAAAAACUCUGGUUUUAUCCGCAAAGAAACUGAGGGAGAAAACAUCACAUUAAUAUGUUCCAGUAGUGUGACUGGACAGAGGAAGUUCUUUUGUAAGAGUGAGUGUAAGAAUGAAGGGGAGAUCCUCAUUGACACAACUAAUAACAAAGCUGAGAGUGGCAGAUACAGCAUUGAAUACAGACCAGGAUCCAUGUAUGCACUGUAUGCAACCAUCACACAGCUGACCAAGUCAGACACAGGACAGUACAGCUGUGGAUAUGGAAACCCUCUGUCUCCAGAUUCAUUUGGCAGUGAUUAUCUUCUUGUUGUUGAUGCAACAACACAGAGUGAAAGUGUCACUGCAGGAGUCUCUACACAUGGUCCUGACUCCUCCUGGCUUCUGGUUGUGCGUGCGUCCUUGGAUGGUGUUUUGCUGAUGGCUGUUUUCCUCAUGCUCUUCUACAUUAGUAAGACAAGGAGGAACUUUGGACUGAACACCAGAGAAAAUAACACAAACAUGGAGGUUGGGUAUCAGACCACCUCCUCUGGGCAUCUCAGGCCCUCCAAGGUUUGGAGGCCCAUCUCCCCCACCACUCCUCUGCGUCGUGGUGGCAGACGCCUCAGAGCAUCGGGUGCAUUGGUGGCUCUUCAGUCCGGGUGGCGCCCGCACCCAACGCCACUCCCCUUGCGCGGUUGCUAUCAGGCCUGGAGCCUGCUCGCUUGGGCCACUUCUGGGAUGUGUGCUCGGCCUCAGCCCGGGCUCGCCACCAGGCACAGCUGGCUGCCGGGCGGGAGCCCACGGGCACGCCACUGCAACCCCCUGCCUUAA